GUAGCUUACAGUAAAUCGAGUAUGUUGAAGUUAAUAAGUAUAUUCUUCAGUCGGACCUGCUGAAAACCUGAUCGUCUCCAAACAAGGAAAUGGAUUUCCAGAAGCUGCUAUUACAUGUAGGCAAGGCCCUGAGUAGGGACGAGGUAAAAGCUUUGGUAUUUCUUUGCACUGACCUCCUGAGCCGGAGCUCGACCUCAGUAGAGUUGGCCAGUGAUCUCUUCUCCCGUCUGGUGAAUCAAGACUGCCUAUCACCUGAGCAACCACAGCUGCUGACGGAGCUUCUCCAAACCAUCCAACGCACCCGUCUGCUCCGUGACCUCCGCAUCAAUAACCAAACCAGCAACCUUAUCUCUCCUUACAGGAAGCUGCUUUACAACCUUUCUGAAGACAUUACUGAUGAUGACUUAAAACAAGUGAAGUUUUUGUUAAACAAAGAACUCCCGAGAAGAAAACUGGAUGAAAAUGUUACGACACUGGAAGUCUUUCUAGAAAUGGAGCACUUGGACCUCAUUAGCAGCACAGAUCUAAGUUUAAUGGAGAGCAUAUUGGACUCAGUCUGCCCCGUGUUGAAAGAAAAGAUCAGCCGGUUUAAAGCAACACAGGAGAGGUCUUCUGGUCAUGUAGCCCAGGAGACAAGCCAACCAAUGUCUGUGUCCCAUCCUUUUGAACAAAACCAGGGCCCUCUCCCUUUAGUGGCUGAAAGUAGUGCUUCACAUGAAAGACUAGCAUUGCAGCCGUCGUCUGAGUUUUCAAUGAAUAUGGCCUCCACCUCUGCAGCUUAUCCAAAUACAUUACUUGGUGGAGAUGAACAUGAGGGCCUGUCACAAGGCAUGAGACAAUUAAGUACCAGAACAAGCAACUAUGACUCCUCAGAAGAGAGAACUGAUGCUGUAGAAAUGUCGCUGCCUCAAGAAGACAAGACUUCAACUAAACCAAAAACCUUCCGACCUCUUCUUGCUGAAAACACAGACGAAGAGGGUUUGGGAAUGUAUCCAAUGACUUCAGCAAAGAGAGGCUUCUGCUUGAUAGUAAACAACGAGAACUUCAAAGGGGGUCUCAAAAAGCGGGAGGGGACCAUGGUUGAUGAAAAGAAUCUGCACAUAGUGUUUACGUGGCUGGGCUUUGACAUAAUCAUACGGAGAGAGUGUACGAGUGGGCAGAUGCAGUCCAUCAUGAAGGAUCUCGCCAGACAAAACCACAGUCAGAACGACUGCCUGGUGUGCUUCAUUCUUAGCCACGGUCAAGAGCAAAGUGUGUAUGGUGUGGAUGGGCACACCGUAGAGGUCCAGCACCUGAUGGACCCUUUCAAUGGAUCUCUGUGCUCCUCUUUGGCAAACAAACCCAAGAUGUUUUUCAUCCAGGCCUGCCAGGGUAACCGUGAGCAACAGCCGGUCUACAUCGAGACUGAUUCCAGGACAGAAAGCUAUGUGUCCAGAGACUCUAAAGUAUUUACCCCGUCAUUCCAUGGAUCGAACCAACAACCAACAACUAAAAGUUCCAUCCCAUCCAAUGCAGAUUUCCUGAUGGGAAUGGCCACCGUUCCUUCUUUCGUCUCAUUCAGAGAGAGGAGUAAUGGCACGUGGUUCAUUCAGUCACUGUGCCAAAACCUUGUUCAGAUGGUGCCCAGGGGGGCCGAUAUUGUGUCUAUUCUGACAAAAGUGAACGCAGACGUCAGCAAGAAGACUGAUCACACCGGACAAAGAAAGCAGAUGCCUCAACCAACCUUCACACUCAGGCACAAGGUGGUCUUUCCGAUCCCCAUAGACCCUCGUCCCAUCCUGUAGCUUUGACAACAAUCACUGGCCACUGGUUUGAUUGACCUGAACAUUAAUGACAUGAAAUGUUGCCAUCGUACAUUCAUUGCUUAAAAUGUGUCGUUAUAAAGCAGUAUCCAAAUUAGUU